AUGGUAGAUCCCAGCAAAGGGCCUUCGGCCUACACAUUCAUCGAUAUAGGAGCUAACCUUGUAGACGAAAUGUACAAGGGACUUUAUAACGGAAAGCCAAGGCAUAUUCCAGACCUCCCGAAAGUGAUAGAACGGGCCCAAAACAUAGGAGUCAAGAAAAUGGUACUUACGGCCGGGACCCUAGGGGAGGUACACGAAGCUCUGGAUAUAUGUAAGGAAUACGAUAAAGCCGGUAUAGCUUUGUAUACAACGGCAGGUGUCCAUCCGACCAUGUGCAACGAGUUCAUCAAUAACAAAUUUAACAAGACACCUCAACAAUAUAUAGAGGCUCUAGACGAACUCAUCACGACAAAUAAAGAUCGUAUUGUAGCUAUAGGUGAACUGGGUCUCGAUUAUGAUCGGCUACCUUGGUGUGAUAAGGAGAUACAGAAAAAAUAUUUCGAAAUGCAACUCGAUCUUGCUGCUAAACACAAACUACCUCUAUUUUUGCAUAUGAGAAAUGCUACAGAUGAUACUAUGGAUAUACUGAUACGUAACAAAGAAAAAUGGAUAGAAGGAGGGGCUGUGUGCCAUAGCUUCACUAGCGAUGAAGCAUCAUUGCAGAGAGUCAUUGAUUUGGGGAUUUAUGUAGGUAUCAACGGUUGUUCUUUGAAAACAACCGAAAAUUUGGGUGUACUCAAAAAGGUACCACUCGACAAAAUCAUGCUAGAAACAGACUGCCCAUGGUGUGGUAUUAAACCAACACAUGCCAGUAUCCAAUAUGUGAAAACUACGUUCCCGGUAGUAAAGAAAGCAGAAAGAAUGACGGGUGAUACAAUAUUUAACCAACGAUCGGAACCGUGUCUUAUCAUACAAGUCGCAGAGGUUGUGCAUCAGAUAGUUGCGCCAGAUAUGGAUUUUACACAAUUUUGCGAUACAAUCUACAAUAACACGGUGGCGCUUUUUAAAGGAAUCGCAUAG